CUCAACACCGUUUGACCAUGACUUUGCUACCUUGACCACGACCAUCCCUACAACUCAUAUCCGCAGAUGAAACAAGCACUGAGCUCACCACAGUAUUUCAAGGCUCGUGUCAGUUUACAAUUCGUCCCGGAUUACCCUGCAUACCUAGCCAAGGCUCCCAAAUCUAUUUCGUUACCCGCCAAUCCUCCUCCUGCUCUUCCAUUCCACAAGGAUACAGCGCAUACCAUACCUACAAAAUGGGGACUGUACAGAUCUCUGCUGCGUGACUGCCGUCAACAUGACCAACCUGCCAAAAGCUCUGAACCCUCUUUGGUCCCUGCACAACUGGAUCAAACUCCCGGAGCCGGACCUUCAAGAUCUCACAAGCCAUUACGUUGGCCUCAUAUCCAUGAGAUGGUCCAGACCGACUGGAGGAACUCAAGGCAUGUCUUAUCCAUUGCCCAAGCCCGACAAUUCCUCACAUACUACUAUCAGAUAUUGUCCGAUUUGCGUUCGUCUUCACCUGAGUCUCUGGCUCGACUCGCGGCUAUCGAGGAAUCGGCCCAGCGCACCAUGAUCAUGCAUCGUCUGGACGUCAAAGAUGCUGAAGCUGAACGUGAAGCACUCAAGGCUAGUCGACGAAAGCAGUGGGGAAAGAUGACGGGUGGAUUUCUCUACCCAAAUGCUUUCAUGCCUCCCAUGCCGAAAUUACGACCUCAGCCUGAGUGGAUCGCUGGAACCUAUCGAAGUCGUAUGAAAAAGAAGGAAAAGUCGAUCAAAGCGAUGCGAGAUGCCGAGGAGGCAAGAGACGAUAUCUUGGAAGAGAUCCAGUUCUUGUCCCGGCUGGAAAGGCUUGAUUCAAAAGUGUGGAGACUGGAAGGAUCAGGAGGAUGGCUGGAAUCGUAUCGCAAGACGAAAGAAGCUGGAGAGGCCAUGCAAAGAGCUGGAGCGGCCAGGGCCAACGCAACCUUCACGGAGGAGACUGUGAAGAAGGUGUUGGAGGCUAGGAAAGCGCGUCACAAGACGUACAUGGCGUUUGCAUGGCAGAGAAAGGAGGAGAAGGAGGCAAGGAUCGAAGCACGAAAAGAAGAGAGGGCCAAUUUCUAUAAUAACAAGCAGAGGGCGGAAGAAAUGAAGAUAGAGAGGUGGAUGAGGGAGGACAAGAGUAUAGGUCGAGGCAAGAAUCUGUUCGAGGCGAGUGAUCAGUACAUCUAUUGGGAUGAGGCGAAUGGAGGCGGAUACGUGAUGACGCGCAAGUGGAAGCCUACAACAUCAUACGGCAUCAAGAAACAGACCCUCGCCGAGGCAAAAGAGGAUCUCAAGCAGCGGCAAGAGAAGGAACUUCCAAUCGGACUGGCGGGAAGCCCGGGUAGCGGUCGGACCGUAGCUGAAGCAUCCUCAUCUCAACUCGUGUAA